AUGACCUCCGGGCCAAUGCGCAGACUUCCUACUACCACCCCAAAGUGCGCCGCUCCAGCUUCAAGAUGGGCUUCUAUUCAUCCCAACCAAGUCCAGCUGCUUCGCAGGCACAAGUCGACCGCUUCCGGUGGGGGUUCCUUGCGCCAGGUCCUGCCGAAGAGACAUCUAGCACAAGUCAGGCCUGAGCCCAUAGCCGAAGUCUGGUUUACCGCUGCCUCUCCCAGAUUUGGCCCGGAAGACGACCUCCUCAGUCCUCCUGCGCCUGGUAACAGUAGUGACCAUAAACCUCCGGAUGAACGCUUGAUCAGGCUAGGGAAGACGUUGCGAAUAUUGUCGCCCCUCCUCCCCGACAUCCUUACCAAACCGCUCCCACCUGAGAUCCUGUCCCCCAACAUCUCCCUUCACCUCUUUCCCUCGACUCAUCCUCAUCUACCCGCUGUCAAAGGCCGUGUUGCUUACCGCGCAUCCCUUUGGACUGCCCCGGUCGCCUGGGGCUGCGUUCCGAUCGUGGGCAAUGUCAAGCUGAGAAUCAUCUCGGAGAAGAUUGUACGGACAGGGUUUGCAUAUGCCACUCCUGCAUCCGAAGACGAGCAAGAUCUAAGUGCAGAGAAGCUGGUGGUCCGGUGGAAGACGGAGCCCAAAGCAAACGGCAACGGCAAUGGCAAUCUCGAAGCCGCUGCAUCUACCACGACCGACUCGAACAUAAACCGCGGCCUAUCGAAACUGCUCGGCGGCGAUAAACCCAUCUUCAAUCUUAACAAAGGCGACGACUUUACGGGUCUGUUCAUCUUUACAUUCGACUCCAAAGGCCGGAUAGCCAGCCAUACUAUCGAGCACGCCGAGGAAAGCAAUGGCUUUGAUAAGACGAGCAAAGUUGUCACCCUAACGGAGUGGUUGUUGAGCAAAGCAAAAUGGGGCAGAAAUAAGGAGCAGGACCUUGUUCCGGGGUUGGCAAUGAGGGUGUGUCGGGACGAGUGGAAUAUUAGGAGGGGAUUGCCUCCCAAUUCUUGA